UUGUUGAACACAGCGUUCAGUCUCUCAGUGCCUGUCAUGCUGUCUCGAGUCGAUCAGUCGCGUGUUCCAGCACUCAAUCACCUUGUAUAUCUCUUCGACAGUAUCCGACGCCCCAGCCGCCGGCAUCCCGGACGCUCAGAAUUCUUUGAACUGCGGCCUCAGGUCCUAGGCUUGGUCACUGCACCCGACGGUACGGAAGUCCGGGAGCAGGUCGGCCAGUGCUUCGUGGCUAAUGCCUCAGCCUACGUCAACCCACGUGGUCUAAUCGGCAUUCAGAGCCACUCCGAUCCCACUGGCCAUUAUCUGAAAGGCAAAGCCAUGGCCGCGGGCCAGAUUACCAGAGUUUUCGAUCAUAUUCGGCCUGCCUCUGUUUCUGUUUUUGGAUAA